AUGCCGCCGAAGUUAGACCCAUCACAGAUCGUCGACGUCUACGUCCGCGUCACCGGAGGCGAGGUCGGAGCAGCGAGUUCACUCGCUCCUAAAAUCGGUCCACUCGGUCUCGCCCCCAAGAAGAUCGGAGAAGACAUCGCCAAGGAGACAGCCAAAGAGUGGAAAGGCCUCAGAGUCACCGUCAAGCUAACAGUUCAGAAUCGUCAGGCUAAAGUCACCGUCGUUCCCUCCGCGGCGGCUCUGGUGAUCAAAGCCUUGAAGGAGCCGGAGAGGGAUAGGAAGAAGGUGAAGAACAUUAAGCACAACGGGAACAUAUCGUUCGAUGACGUUAUUGAGAUUGCGAAGAUUAUGAGGCCGAGGUCUAUUGCUAAGGAGUUGAGUGGGACGGUGAGGGAGAUUUUGGGGACUUGUGUCUCUGUUGGGUGUACUGUUGAUGGCAAGGAUCCCAAGGAUCUUCAGCAGGAGAUUCAAGAGGGUGAGAUUGAGAUUCCUGAGAACUGAGGAAACGAAAAAUUGUUCUUUUUUUUUUUUUAAAUUAGAAUGAUUCAGUUUUGGAGACAUUUAUGUUCCUAAUGAGUGAAGAGGUGCUUACGGUUUUUGUGUUUUGUCUUUUUGAGGAUUUGCGUUUUGGUAUACUAUAUUUUUGGUAUUGUGAUUUUGGAGUUUAUAGUGUUGGAUUUGCAAAUUUUGAACAAUUAGAAUGUUGGGAUUCAUUUCUAUAAUCUAUCAACUUGGUUUUGAAGUGUUU